AUGGAUGACAAGAAACCAGACACACCUUCGAAUCCCGACGAAAAUACGGAAACAUAUCCGAAACUUCCUUCACCAGUAAUUGCAAGAAGCUACCAUGCACUUAACGGCUCUACUAUAACCUCUCCUCAGAUAGCUUCUCUCCGUUUAAAACCAACUAAAAGUACCGAUUCCCUUACAAAUCAUCCCUUGCAGAAUUUUGACGAGGAAGAAAGUGAUGUGUUUUCUACCUGGUCGAGUCAACUGAGUAGAAGAUCUCCAUCAACGUCUUCAACUUCUUCCUCGUCGUCUUUACAACCAAAAUUUUCUCCAGUACCCGUGGACUCAGUAGGCGGUUUGAUGCUCACUAAACUUCGUGAAAUGAAUACGGUGAAUGCGGACUUUUCAAGUAUUGUGCAAAUGCUGAUUGCAAAAAAGGCAACACUCUUGCUCCCUGCGUCUGCCAUAAUGCCUUUCGAACAAGUUGAUCUGACUCUUCUUGAAGAUCAUGUGCUUGUCUCCCAACCAAGCGACGAUGGUCAUAAAAUAAUAACUUUAAGUGGUGUGACAGGUUUCAUUCAACAGGACACGUUAAAGACAAUCGGUUUAGUACCACCUGAACCACCUAUUUCCACAUAUAUUAAAGAAAAUUCAAAGACUCGCAAAUCAAUUUUUGACUCAAUUUUAAAACCUGCCGAUCUGCCUUAUGAUUGUCCGUCGAUUAAAGUUAUCAAUAAGGAUGUUGAUAUUCUUUUGCAAGGUAUGACCAUUCAAACAAUAGUAAUCGAAUCAUCUUUACGAGUCAAAGAAGUUGAAGAACGUAUUGCGACACUUGAGACAAGCAAAGAAAUAGAACUUAAAGUUGAAAGUGUUGAUUUACCUGAUUUACCGGAGAAUGUGUUAAAAGAAGUUAAUGGCUUUACCGGUGAAUACAUUAAGCUACCUUUGCAAGAUGAAGUCACAUCUGGUGAUAAAAUUCAAGGAUUUUUUGAUACAGACGAUGCUCUUGGGUCAAAAAUAGCUGCUUUAAACUUUUAUAAGUUAGGUCUUUCACAUCUUGGAGUUGAUGUCAAUCCACAACAAGAGCAUAUAGAUAUUGCCAUCCAAACAGCGGGCAAAGAAUUACAAAAUUUGGAUCAAGUUAAAGCACCGUAUGAGAAACUCAACAUCAUUAUUAGAUGUCACAGGAUUGUGGUUGAUGCACUUGAGAAAAAAUCACAAAACUCGCCAAAAAAUGAGCCGAAUGGUAUUAAAACCACUGUUCAAGAUGCUUCUGAAAAUGCUUCUGAAGAUGUUCCUGAAGAUGCACCUAAAGAUGCACCUGAAGAUGCACCUAAAGAUGCACCUGAAGAUGCACCUAAAGAUGCACCUGAAGAUAUUCCUGUAGUGCCAUUAUCACAGACACCAGAUUCGUCUGUGCCGAUACCUCCGCCCGUAUCUCCCAUGUCACCAACGCAAACUGCGCCAAAAUCUCCAACAUCUCCAACAUCUCCAUCAGAAGAAAAGACUAAUAAAUCUAAUGCGGAUGCGAUAUUUCCCUUGUUAAUCUUUAUUGUUGUUAAAUCCAAUCCUAAAAAAUUAAUUUCAAAUUUGAGGUUCAUGCAGAGAUAUCGAAUACGAAGUUUGCUACAUGGAGAAGCUUCUUAUUGCCUAACAAAUCUUCUUGCAAUUGUUGAAUUCUUGGGAAAAAUGGAUCUUAAUGAUUUCGGAUUACAAUCUGAUAAGCCAUUAAGUAUUGCCAAUGAGCAAAUACCUUCGACUUCAACCAUACCAACAGUCAUAGAACACAGGGUGAGUCGUAGAGUUGGACAGGAAAUUGUUGGCGUGGCUGACAGUGGUCUUAAAGUUAUCACGGGAGUCGUAGAUACUUCAUACAAGAUGAUCGGUCGUGUAUUAGGAUAUAAGGAGAACUCUACUGCAAAUUCCACAUCACCAUCAGCAGCAGAUAUUGGAAAAGAACAUAAUUUGAUACCAAAUACUACCAAUUCUACAGAAGAUAUAAAUACUGAACCAUCGGCAAAAAUUAUAGAGAAGGAACUAGCAGAAAUUAGUUCUGAUAAACAUGACACCGAAAAGAACUCUCAAAUUGAUGAGCCUAAAUCACUGACUGAGCGUUUGAUUCCUUUUAAUAUACUUACACGGUUCAGCAGCGAUCGCGUUCAUGCAGAAGAGGAAAAUAAAAAAGAAAAUGAAGAAAAUAAAGAAAAUAAGGGGAUGAUCAAUCAACAUAAUAAGAUAGCACCACCGAUUAAACGAUUUUUGGAUUGUUCGGACGAUGAAUUUCGUGCAAAAGAUGUACCAGAGCUCUUGUCUGAUUAUAAACGAUUGUCGGCUGCUAUUCAAGAACUUGGACUUUUUUCAUCUUGA